GUAGAAAACGAUUGAAGUGGAAGGAGGAAAAAGGAAAUCUACCAGAUGUGAAAUGGUUGAAUGAAUGUGAAAUUUCGUUUGGAAAUCAAUGUUUUUAUGGUACACGGCCCUAAACACCAAUUAAACCCUACCCAAUAAUCGAAAUCCUUAAAUUAUUGUGUUUCGAAAAAUGAUUUCGUGAACAGUGAAGUGACAUUCGAAUCCCUAGUGUUAGAGUUAAAAUGGCGAUUUGAAGAAUAAUGGUGGCUUUAUGAAAUUUUCUAGUUUCGGCAUCGACAUUAUGGAAGACAAUUCGUUAAAUCAUCAGAAUGGGGCCCAAAUCGGGGGGCCCCAGACCGUUUCAGUAACCAACAAUAAACAAAACGAAGAAGCCAAUCCCAAAGCACAAUAUUCGAUUCCUGGAAUAUUGCAUUUUAUUCAACACGAAUGGGCACGGUUCGAAUUGGAAAGAUCACAGUGGGAAGUCGACAGGGCCGAAUUACAAGCCAGGAUUGCUUUCCUCCAAGGCGAGCGUAAGGGUCAAGAAAACUUGAAAAAUGACUUAGUUCGACGCAUUAAAAUGUUGGAGUACGCUUUGAAGCAAGAAAGGGGAAAAUUUCACAAAUUGAAAUACGGUACUGAAUUGCAACAAGGAGACAUGAAACCUCCAAUCAUAGAUGAAGCGUGUGAAUCUCAAAUGGAUAUCGACCAAUCGUACGUUGCCGUUUCUAAUUCGACUUGGAAACAAGGUCGUCAGUUACUUAGACAGUAUUUACAAGAAAUCGGGUAUACCGAUCGAAUUAUCGAUGUGAGAUCAACACGGGUUAGAGCUCUUCUAGGAUUAAAUAACAACACCGAACCGGAAGAAAAUCACAACGGAAGUUCGGUUAACGGCAAUGAAUCGAUUAAACGUGCCAGCGAAACACAGGGAAGAAGAACUCCAGCUAAGAAACCUCAACCUAGCUCAUUAGCUGAAGCAAUGAUGCUGGAUACAGAAGCUGCAGUUAUGGCCAAUUUGGAUUUCCUAUCGAAUGCCGAUGUUGAUAUGGAAGACGAUGAUGACAUGAGUGACGAUGUUGACAUUGAACCUACUGAUGAUCUCGACGACGAUGUAAAAGUAGUGAAACGAAAAGGUAAAUUGGACAGUUUGGGAGACGAUGUGGACGCCGAAGCUAUGGAAGUUUUAAACGAACUUAAUCUUUUAUCCGAAUCUGGAGAGCGCCAGGAAUUUAAGAACGAACACAGUGAGUGGAAAAAAGGUUUUCAAAGUGGGGUACCUAAAAGGCCACUGGGACUAAACGACGACGAUAACAUUGAUUCGGCGUUAGGACUCGGCGAAUUGGCCCAACUUACUGUCAACAAUGAUGCUGAGACAACCUACGAUAUAGCAAGCACUAAAGAGGCAUUUCGAAAGACAUGGAACGCCAAAUAUACACUUAGAAGUCAUUUUGACGGAGUUAGAGCAUUAGCUUUUCAUCCAAACGAGCCCGUGUUGAUUACUGCGAGUGAAGAUCAUACAUUAAAAUUGUGGAAUUUACAGAAAACUGUACCCGCGAAAAAAUCAGCAUCCUUGGAUGUGGAACCUUUAUACACUUUUAGGAAUCACACCGGACCUGUUCUUUGUUUGGCGAUUUCCGGAACUGGAGAAUAUUGUUAUUCUGGUGGUUUAGAUGGCGUAAUAAACUGUUGGAAUGUUCCUAAUUCUAACAUAGAUCCUUACGAUUUGUUUGAACCUGACGUUUUGAAUACAACGUUACAAGGUCAUUCUGACGCUGUUUGGGGGUUGUCUGUUUUAAAUUCGCGGCAACAUUUGUUAUCAUGUGCGGCCGAUGGUACUGUUAAAUUGUGGGCACCUCAUAGCAAGGUACAAUUGUUAAACACUUUCACGUCUGAACAGGACGGAAUACCUUCAAGUGUAGAUUUUGUGAGAGACCAACCAAAUCGUAUAGUCGCAGCUUAUGCUAGCUCUCAUUGUGUAGUAUAUGAUUCUGAAACUGCCAAAUCCGUUAUGCGACUCGAAUUAAGUCAAGACAGUGUUAAUCUUAAUAAUAAACAAAUAAAUAGAAUAGUUUGCCAUCCGACUUUACCUUUGACUAUCACGGCACACGAAGAUAGAUAUGUUCGUUUUUGGGAUAACCACACAGGGAAAAUGGUUAAUUCAAUGGUUGCUCAUCUUGAAGCUGUUACUAGCCUAGCUGUAGAUCCUAAUGGGUUGUAUUUAUUAUCAGGCUCACAUGAUUGUUCAAUAAGACUAUGGAACUUGGACAGUAAGACCUGCGUUCAAGAGAUAACUGCACACAGGAAGAAGUUCCACGAAAGCAUUCUAGAUGUCGCUUUUCAUCCGACACGACCGUAUAUUGCAAGUGCAGGAGCUGAUGGAUUGGCCAAAGUGUUUGUCUGAAUUAUUAUUAAAAAAGACAACACUUUAAUAUUAAAUAGAUUUUGUCAAUCAAUACAUUCACUGGCUUUACUAUUAACUGUGUGGGUUAGGUGUACAUAAAAAAACUAAAGGACUUUGUAUAUACUACAAUUAUAUUCAAAGGUUUUUCUCACGAAGUGUUAUUUUUCCACAAGUUGUAUAUAUUAUUUGACUUUAUUUAUUCAUCACUGAAAUUACAUUUGAGCAAAAUUUAACUUAUGUACAUGUUUCCUACACUUUGAGCGUACACGUGCUCAACUUGAUGUUGCGUAGCGGUUAAUUACAUUUUUAUUGGUUCGUUUAUUGUAGGAUAGCGUCUGAUAAAAAAUACCAUCAUUAGGAUAACUGAAUUGUUUCUAGAUCCAAAUUUCUUAUACUAAAAGAAUUGCUUUUGUGUUAAAGCUGGCAAUACCCAAAGUGUACGAAAAAAAUCUCAUUUUACACACAUAUUGUCGACGUGAAUUUUGAUUUUGUGAUAACUAGUUUCACCUAAUAAUUAAAUUGCCACAGGACGAAAUAAACAUUUUUAAAAGUGUAUUAAUAGUAACGUUUUUAUAAUAGUAUUAAAAAUAGCUAUGUUAUUUUAUUAUUUAAAAUAUAUAAUUUAUCACGUGUAUUUUUAAGUUUAAUAUAGUCCAGUACAUAAUAGCUAAAGAAACGUAAAGUAGCAGUUAACAAUAGUAAGUGAUAAUAAGUAUAAUUGUGAAUGUAUAAAAGUGUAUUUAAAUCAUAGUUUAAUAUUUAAGAAACUGGUCUCUCUAUUAGUUUAUCUUUUUUCUAAAGUCAAUAAUGUAUAUAUUAGCUUUAAUCAUCUUCGGUUUUGAUAGCGAGAUUGUCAGUGUUUAUGUAAAAUGUAAUUUUUAUAGUGGCUACUAUUUAUUUUGUACACAAAUUUUUAACUGUUUAAAUGCUUCAAAACAGUACGAUCAGCAAUCCUAUCUUAUUUGUUUAAGUUUCAACAUUGUAGAUACAGAGUCAUAGAAACUACAACACACCGUCAUGUUCUAUUUUAUAAUGAAAUUUCGUGUUUGCAAUGUAUAAAACAGUUGUAACUUUUUUAAAACGACCAUAAAACGGUAAAAUCACGAGAAAUGAAGAAUGUAUGACUUAAUGUAUAAAAUAUAAAAACAAUAAACUGUAAAUACUCAAA